GCCUACACAUUGAUUCCCCUAAUAGAAAGGGCUUAUCAAUAGAAGUAGUAAUUUUUUGUACCUUUAUAAAAUUAAAAGAAUUCCAAUCCUUAUUAUUGUAUCUUCAUGUCACACAUUAAUACUCACUAUGGGGAUGAGAUCUCUUACCCUCGAUUCCAAAAGUCUUAUUAAUUUGAACUGAGUUGACUUGUGAAAUAUUUUGUUUUAAUAAGAAACCUUUUACUAACCUUUAAAAAAUAAAAAUAAAAAAAAUUCUCAAUCCCCAUGACUUCCCAUAAUCUUAUCACUCAUUUUGUUUAUUUCAAUUGCAUAGUUAACCAUAUUACUAGUAUACUACUAUCUUAUAUGUUCCCAUUUCUUUAACCAGCCUCUAAUAUAAAACAAACUAUUUUUAUACAUGACCACAUGGCUAAUUAAUUAACUGCUCCGUAUAUAAUUGUCUUGAUGUGACCUUAAUAUAAUUUUAUAUACUGAUUAUUAUAUAGUCGAAACAUUUUCCGCAUUCAUCAAAAAACAACAUUAUUGUAUGAAUAUAUACUUGUACAUCGCACUAAUGUCUAAUACCCUACCUAUUAAUUUUCAAACCAACCCCAUAUUCAUUGACUCUUCUAACAAACAUCAGUUAAAACGUGGCUCACAUUCAGACCCAUGACACGAUCAUACAGUCAUAUUUAUAAAAGAAAAUAAUCAAAACGUAACAAAUAAAAAGGAUUAAAGGAACGAAGGGAGUACAAUCAUAAGUGGAUAACAUUAAAACCAUCUGCAUGGGCGGCACAAAUUAAACCUACAAUUGUUUCAAAAAAAAAAAAUUUAAACCUACAAUUAAAAUCUCUUACAACGCCUCUAUAUACGAAGCAAAAAUGAGGACUAACACCGACAGUGCGACACCGUUGUUGGCGGCUGAUGGUGGUGGCGGAGCGAGAUGGUUGGCAAAAGUGGUGGAUGUGAAGGAGGCGAAAGAUCAAAUAUUAUUUUCACUUCCAAUGAUAUUAACCAAUGUGUUUUAUUAUCUAAUUCCGAUUACUUCGGUUAUGUUUGCUGGUCAUCUAGGUCAACCUCAACUUGCUGGUUCUACUCUUGCUAAUUCUUGGGCUACUGUUACUGGUUUUGCUUUCAUGAUUGGACUAAGUGGUGCAUUGGAGACAUUAUGUGGUCAAGGAUUUGGAGCAAAAUUGUAUGAAAUGCUAGGGAUUUAUCUUCAAGCAUCUUUUAUAGUUUCAAUCUUUUUCUCCGUACUUGUAUCUAUACUAUGGUGGUUUACCGAACCCAUUUUAGUUUUCCUCUAUCAAAGCCCUGAAAUUUCGAAAGAAGCAGCAGUCUACAUGAGAUUUCUUAUACCAGGAAUAUUUGCGUAUGGUAUUCUGCAAAACAUUUUAAGAUUCCUUCAGACACAAUCUGUGGUUUUGCCCUUGAUUGUAUUCUCACUUGUGCCACUGACCUUGCAUUGUGGCCUUAGCUAUUUGUUGGUUUAUUGCACGUCCCUUGGUUAUAAGGGAGCUCCAUUGGCUACCUCCAUGUCAUUUUGGUUAUCGGUUGUGAUUAUGUUGAUGUAUGUGAGCUGUGCUAAAAAGUUUGAGCAUACUUGGAGAGGGUUAUCGAAAGAAUCGUUUUGCUAUGUCUUGGCCAACUUGAAGUUGGCAUUACCUUCUGCUGCUAUGGUUUGUUUAGAGUAUUGGGCAUUUGAGAUUUUGGUGUUCUUGGCUGGCGUUAUGCCAAAUUCUGAAGCAUCGACUUCUCUCAUUGCAAUAUGUGUUAAUACAGAAGCAAUUGCUUAUAUGUUUGCUUAUGGACUGAGUGCUGCAGGAAGCACAAGAGUUUCAAAUGAACUUGGAGCAGGGAAUGCGAAUGAAUCAAAGCAUGCAAUGCGUGUUACAUUGAAGCUGUCAAUUCUGCUAGCUGGCCUUGUUAUUCUCAGUCUAGCCUUGGGACAUAACAUUUGGGCAGGCUUCUUCAGUGGCAGCACUUCUAUAAUUAAAGCAUAUGCUUCCAUGACUCCUCUAGUUUGUAUUUCAAUAUUUUUUGACUUUAUUCAAGGCAUUUUAUCAGGGGUAUGCAGGGGAUGUGGUUUUCAGCACUUGGCUAUGUUCAUAAAUUUGGGAACAUUUUAUCUUAUUGGUAUGCCCAUUGCAUGCUUACUUGCCUUCCAGUUUGAUUUUAAUGUCAAGGGUCUUUGGAUCGGUUUGAUAUGUGGCCUUUUUGCACAAUCUAGUUCACUUUAUCUGAUUACUCGACUCAAGAAAUGGACAACACUUGAGCUCUCUUCUGACAACAAUGGAAAUGCAGUGCUAGUUUAACCAUUAUAGGUAGGAACAUCAUGUAUCAACAAGAAGAUGUUCUCACAAUUGAAGUAAAAUUAUGGGGGUUAGUUAACUGUAGUGUUUUGCUCCAAGUUAUUGUAUUGAAUUUUGAAGUCUGAUGAAUCAGUUUUACUAGUGUUCUUGGAAAGAUUUUAUAAAAAGUGAAAGGGUUCUUGGAAAGAUUGCUAUGGGAUCAGAUAAAAGGACCAUUAUGAUAGCGUGCAUGUACUGUACUGCCUGUACUACGAGUCUACAAUAUUUAAGAGGUUGAGCAAUGAGCAGGAUGGUAGACUAUGCUCAGCUCAUUGUUAGCUGCGCAGUGUACUCAUUUCGGAGUAGAAGUGUAUACAUAUGAGAAUACCAAACCAUAAUUCCUAUCAUCAUGUUGUAUACAGUUAAAAGUUCAACCUUGUUCCCUUAAGUUUGAUCCUUACACGGUUCUCAUAAGUGGCGUAAAUACUUACACUGUCCAUUAAUUUUGCAGUAGAUACCCCAUAUAUAAAUGGUGAACUAGUGUCUUUGCUCCUGAGAUAGGUCAAAAUUGAGAACUUUCUGGAUUUCGAUUACAUAGGCCUACUUACACAGGAGAUCACCCUCAACUUGGGGCACCAGAUCUGGGUGCUGAGUGCCCUUAACAAUGCUAGGAGCCUAACUGUACUUUGCUGGAAAAUGGUUGAAUGUUUCAUAUGAUCUGACGGUCAGCAAAGAUGCUGCUGAUGGGCGAAGAGCUGAAAUGCCAUGACGAGGCAUUGUUUCCAUGCUUUCAGUUUUCCUGCUUAAACACAAGGAAGAGGAAACUGAUACUCCCUGCUAAGGUUCUUCGUCCCUAUAUCUGAUCACUUGAUCACUUCCAAUGCCUACCAGCAGUGGAAAUGCAGCGACAAUUGGGAGGACGUACACGUACUGAUGCAAUGAUCAUUUUCUGCAGGUCAUAGCUUUUCAGAAGGCUAGGGUGGAAAGAUUCCAACUAUCAGAUAUUUUAACAUGCAUUAACUUAAUUAAGAUGAAACUUGCAAUAUGUUGAGUUUGUAAGGAUAAAGAGUGAUCAAAAAGAACUAAAGAACAACACAUAAAUGCAAUGCUAGGGUCAUGCUAAGGUUCCUCUUACCUGUAGUUUAACUGACUAGCAUAUACAAUUGUACAAUAUACAUAUUUUAGUAAUUAUAAACAUACAAAUGAGAUUAAAAUGUCAAAUUAGGAAUGGUAUUUUCUCCUAC